UACAUGCAUACGUAUAUAUAUGCGUACAUUCUAAAUAUUUUUACAAAUCAUUUGGAAAAAAACUUUUAUGGUGAUAUCACAAAUUAAUUGAAAUUUCAACGGGUUGGCAACAGAUGCAUUUUGUACUUCAUUGUAUUUCAAUCAAAUAUUGAGGAAUGGCUGAAAAUGCUACUGCAUCGAAUGCAGAGGAAAAGCCUGUUUCCUCUGCUAUGACGCAAUGCUAUGAAAAUUAUAUCAUAGUCGACGUUGGUGCCAAUCUUACGAAUAAAAAGUACAGCAGAGACUUAGAUAGUGUAAUUCAAAGAGCGAAAGAUGCCGGGGUUCAAAAGAUUAUGGUAACAGGUGCAAGUAUUCGAUCUAGUAAAGAAGCAUUACGGUUAACUAGGAUAUACCCUGGUACUCUUUAUUCUACUGCUGGCGUGCAUCCCCAUGAUGCAAAGUCAUGGGAAAAUCCUGAUACUUUACAAGAACUCAAAAGUAUAGCUAAUAAUCCAGAAUGUGUAGCAAUAGGCGAAUGUGGUUUAGAUUAUAGUCGCGACUUUUCUGAUCCUGAGACACAACGUGCUGUCUUUCACAAACAAGUAGAACUUGCGUGUCAGUUAAAUAAACCACUUAUAAUACAUGAAAGAGGCGCUCAAACGGAUGUUUUAGAAGUCCUUGACCAUUAUAAGAAUUGCUUACCACCGGUUUUAGUUCAUUCCUUUAUUGGAACUGCAGAAGAAGCACAAGUUUAUUUAGAUCAUGGCUUCUAUUUAGGAAUUACAGGGUAUUUGUGUAAAGAUAAAUCUGAUAGCGGUAUCAGACAACUGUUAGAAAGGGGACUUGCACCUUUAGAAAGAAUAUUAGUUGAAACAGAUGCUCCGUUUAUGUAUCCUAAUACUAGAGCCAGUAAACUACCUACGCAUGUUAAAGAUGCUCUCACAGAACGAUCCAUGACGUUUCUUCAUCGUUAUUGUACUUUUCAACGUAACGAACCGUGUGCCUUACCAGCAAUAGUGGAAAUGGUAGCAGCAUUCAUGCAAAUCACUCCAGAGGAAGUCGCCUUAGCUACUGCUUUCAAUGCUUUGAAAUUAUUUGGUCUAAAUCAGUGAUAUUAAUCAUUUUUUAUCAUAAAAAAAAAUGGUGCUAGUUGGUGCUAUUAACAUUUUAAUUAUUCUUUUACAAAUACACGAUCCCUUUCUACAUUUUAAAAGCAUUGUUUGUGUGUCUAUACACAUGUACCUUUUAUAAUAAAAAUAACGUACAUUGAUGUAGCCUGCUGAGAAAAACGGAAUUAUAGAAGGAACGUGGCAAACAAUUUUUAUUUUAUUUACAUAUUAAUAGAUACUGCCUUCUAUAUAUGUUAAUCAUGUAUGUAUACAUAAUACUCAUCCAUAUGUUAAAAUUAGUAUUCCAUAAAAUAUUUCAUUUAUUAUGAUAUAAUACAAAUUUUGUAGGAAUAUGUAUAAAAUACAUAAAAUUCAAAAUCAUACAAUUUUAUUGUUGAUAUGUUAUAAAUAUUUUCAUAUAAAUAAAUUGUUACACAGAUACAUAAUUGAU